ACCACAGCCAGGUGUGCUUGCGACUGCACCGGGCACACACCAGCUGCUCAGAGUCCAGCCACCGCCACCACGGAGAUGCUCCUCCCUGGCCUUCUGCUUCUGCUCUGGCUAUCUGCCGGCCUGGCCCACCACGGUUCCGCACUCUGGGGAGGCCCCCACAGCCACACCCAUGGGGCCCCACGCUGCUACUCAGCCGAGGAGCUGCCCCUGGGCCAGGCUCCCGCACACCUGCUGGCUCGAGCUGCCAAGUGGGAGCAGACUUUGCCAGUAGCCCUGGUGUCCAGCCUGGAGGCAGUGGGCCGUAGGAGGUGGCAGGAGAGGCCCCCAGCUGGGACCCAGUGUCCGGUGCUGCAGCCUGAGGAGGUGCUAGAAGCCGACAUCCACCAGCGCUCCAUCUCGCCCUGGCGAUACCGUGUGGACACGGACGAGAACCGCUACCCACAGAAGCUGGCCGUCGCUGAGUGUCUGUGCAGGGGCUGCAUCAGCGCCAGGACCGGCCGCGAGACGGCAGCGCUCAACUCCGUGCCGCUGCACCAGAGCCUGCUGGUGCUGCGCCGCCGGCCCUGCUCCCUGGACGCAUCCGGGGUGCCCACGCCCGGGGCCUUUGCCUUCCACGCGGAGUCCAUCAGAGUGCCCAUCGGCUGCACCUGUGUCCUGCCCAGGGUGGUACGGUGACCACUGGCCCCAGCUGUCCCGCUGUGCUGUGGGCGGGGAUCACCUCCCAGACUGGACAGUGGGGAUCUCUCUGCAGAGAGGGCCCCUCCUAUUUAUGUGUAUUUAUUGGCUAUUUAUAUGCCCUGGGUGGCCCUGCUUCUGCUGCCCAGGGUCCCUGGGCAGGUACCAGGGCUCCACGCCUCUAGUUUGAGGGAAAAACAGUGAAGAUUGGGCACGGGAAGGGCCAAGUGACCCUGCGCUAGUCAGCCCCCUCUCCACGUUGUUACCUUUCCACGCAGACAGUGGGCUAGAGGAAUGUUAUUUUUCUAUAACUUCUUAAAACAACAGAAAAUGUGUUCUGAUGGCCCCCACCUUGGUGGUUCCUCUGGGAUCCCCCAAGCUCCUUUCCCCACCACCCCUGUAUUUCUAAAACUAUUUGUUGUAAAUGUGUGUCAUUAAAAUGAUAAACACCCCCUGGA